ACGACCCUCUGCCUUUCUGUGGGUCGCCGCUGCCAGACUGGCGAUGGACGAUACCCUGUUCCAGUUGAAGUUCACGGCGAAGCAGCUGGAGAAGCUGGCUAAGAAGGCGGAGAAAGAUGCCAAGGCGGAGCAGGCCAAAGUGAAAAAGGCCCUUCAGCAGAAGAACGUUGAGUGCGCCCGUGUCUACGCCGAGAAUGCCAUCCGCAAGAAGAACGAGGGCGUGAGCUGGCUCCGCAUGGCGUCCCGUGUGGACGCAGUGGCCUCCAAGGUGCAGACGGCUGUGACCAUGAAGGGGGUGACCAAGAACAUGGCGCAGGUGACCAAGGCCCUGGACAGGGCGCUGAGCAGCAUGGACUUGCAGAAGGUCUCUGCGGUGAUGGACAGGUUCGAGCAGCAGGUGCAAAACCUGGAUGUGCACACGUCGGUGAUGGAGGACUCCAUGAGCUCGGCCACCACACUGACCACGCCGCAGGAGCAGGUGGACAGCCUCAUCAUGCAGAUUGCGGAGGAGAACGGUCUGGAGGUCCUGGACCAGCUCAACCAGCUGCCUGAGGGUGCCUCCGCCGUGGGCGAGAGCUCUGUGCGCAGCCAGGAGGACCAGCUGUCUCGGAGGUUGGCCGCCUUGAGGAAUUAGCCGCGCCCGGCCGCAGUGCGCUGCCUCCCCGGCCUUGAUGUGCCGGGAAGGAAGGCUCCUCCCUCCACACUGCGUCUUGCUUUUCUGCUGACCCUGCAGCAGCAGCUGUCAGCCCUCCCUGCUCCCAGCCCCCCACCUGCCUGGCCUGGGAAUUGUUCCUCUUUUCUUAGGGUGGGUGGUGGAUCUGUGUCCUGGUGAGUUUGCACAAACUUCUGGCUCCUGUGGGUAAUUUCUGUGACUCUGGGCCGACCAGCUGGAGGAUCUGCAGGCUUCCCUCUGUCCCCCACCCUCGAGGAGUUGACGGGGCCUGGCCAGUGGACACCCUGUGUAUUGUGGGGCCUUCACACUCCGAGUGACGGCAGACAUGCUGCUGGUGGUCAGCCAGUGGGGGUCAGGGCCCCCUGCUGCCAGGCAGUGGGCAAGGAGCUCUCC